AUGGAAAACCUUGCAAUCGCUACAGCCCGAGAAGUCCGCAUUCGUGAAUGGCGAGAGUGUAUAGAAAGCGAGGACUUGCACGAGCGUUACCCGUUCCUUCCUGAGGAGCCAGCUCGUGGAGUACUGCUUGGCGAUGUGCAUCCAGUGCAACAACCAGAAUUCCGCGAACUGUCGAACAAGCUGGAUGAGCUGCGCCAGGAUCCAACUGGUAAUGCAGCUGAGAUCAGCUCGACAGAGGAGGCCAUGAGGGCACUGGUAGUUCGAUUUGCCGAGGAGCGAGCGGACGCAACUGAGGCCGCACACGUAGAGUACCCCUUCUUGCCAAGGCGCGUGCUGGGAGUUCGUCUCGGUGAUCUUCCUUUGAAUGAGGAUGAAUUGUUUGCUGCCGCCGCCAAAGAAGGUAUAGAAGGAAAGGAAUCUCUUCUUCAGUCGAGAGUAGUUCAAAUGGCUAUGUGUCAUAAUCUAAAUGAAGCGCAAUUGGCUGACAACGAUGAUGCUGUGCUCGCCCAACAUCCUUACCUUGUAUACACUUCUCGUAAGUGUUUCCCUUUAAGACAUCUUCCCUUGGAAGAUGAUGUUGUCUUCAAUGAAAGACUAGAAGAAUACGAAGAUCUCAUGCAGCGAUCCUUUCUUGAUGAAGAUGCCACGGCGUCAGUGAGGUUCCUACUGGCUAGUCGUGCUGACGAACUUGCAUUACAAGAGAUAGAAAGGAUUGAGCUGCUUAAGAGAACUUUCGUUGCUCUCGAACCGCUCUCUUUAGAAGAUCUUCGCCACUUACAGGAUCGACGGGAAUUUCAAACCUUCAGUGAUGAUAGUGCAACUAAUAUUUCUCAAGUUGUACUGGAGGAUGCAAAGCGAAGCAUUAUGGAAGAACGAGAAGAUCGUGCCGCAAAGUUACGUGAAGUGGAUGCGCUUCGUAAGGCAUAUCCAGUACUCGGCCGCAAUGUUGAUCCUAGUAUGCUUGACAACCCAGUCAUAGCAAAGCUUGUAGACGAUCAUGAAGAACUUAUGAAUGAUUCAGAUGGAAAUGCGGGAAAGUUGCAGAAACUAGAAGAAGCAAUCGCACAACAUGCUAGUGAGCACAACCUUAUUCUUAGAGGAGAACAAGGGGCUGUCGAAAGACCACACAGCCCAAGUACAAGGUACGCUGUUGAUAUCUCCUUUAGCAAAAUAGAGGAAGACCUUAUAGAUGAUGAAUAUUACCAGGAACUUAUAAAACUACAGAAUAGUGUCAAAGAAAGAAAUGAUCCUGCAGACGCACCGUUACUCCGCCGAAUUAAGGCACAAAUCGAUGGAAGACGGAAUCAGAUAAAAAACGAUGGAAUGAAGAAAGUUGCAAACAAUAAAAAAAUUGCAGCAAGAAUAUCAAAACGAUUCCCCUUUCUAAAACCACAACACUGUGGAAUUCCGCUACAUAGACUGCAUCUUAAUGAUGAUGAUGAGAUACGAAAAUACGAACAAGAACGAAACACUAUUUUAUCAGAAAAUAAGCACCAUACAUCAGACAUUGAUAACAUUAUAUAUGACCGUGUGGAGGACAUUGCACGUGCGCUGCAGGAGGAGGAAAGUUCACUUGAGGCGAUGCUCCCUUUUCUUGGUAGUACUGUAAAAGGUGUUCCUCUUCGUGAACUCUCCCUCAUGGAGGAUUCGGCGUUCGCAAAACUUGCAGCACAAUACACAUCGGAGGAGGUAUCUUCGGGCGAUGCGGCCGAGCGCGCACGCCUUGAGCAGGAGAUGCGGGACCAAGCUGGUCGCAUAGCGCGGGAUGUGCGGAUGGCUCGAAGGCGCGACGGCGUGAGGGGUGAGGACUUGCACGAGCGUUACCCGUUCCUUCCUGAGGAGCCAGCUCGUGGAGUACUGCUUGGCGAUGUGCAUCCAGUGCAACAACCAGAAUUCCGCGAACUGUCGAACAAGCUGGAUGAGCUGCGCCAGGAUCCAACUGGUAAUGCAGCUGAGAUCAGUUCGACAGAGGAGGCCAUGACGGCACUGGUAGUUCGAUUUGCCGAGGAGCGAGCGGACGCAACUGAGGCCGCACACGUAGAGUACCCCUUCUUGCCAAGGCGCGUGCUGGGAGUUCGUCUCGGUGAUCUUCCUUUGAAUGAGGAUGAUGAGUUUUCGCGCUUGGCACGACGUCGCGUACGGCAGCUGAAGAGCCCCAAAACAGAAAGGGAUGCCCGUGCAACGGAGGAAGAGAUGCUUCAACGUGCACAGGCGCUGGCGCGUCUUGCAAAGCUCGUUGACAGGGAGCGUGGGGAUGCGAACGAGUAUGUGCGUGCGCGAAACCCUUUCCUUGUUUAUGAGGAUCGAAAAUGUAUUCUCCUGAGCGAUAUACCGCUUGUAGAUGAUGAUGUAUACCAGAAGCUCUUUUUGGACCGUCUCAGUGCCUUGGAGGACGCGGAGGCCAACGUGCCGCUGAUUGCAAAGCUUGAGGAUGAGUUGCGUGCGCGCGCUGACGAAGUGGCACUUGUUGUGUGUGAGGGAGAUUCGAUGCUUAAGAAGUAUUCUUUCCUAUCCUCUGCUAGUGUCCCUGGGUUGGCAGAGGCACUUCAACGCGAUGUAGAGUUCCAGCAGCUGUGUGCCCGUUAUGACGAGCUGAACCGUGAUCCUGAAAAGAACGCAGACGAGCUACGUGAACUGGAGGAGGCGAUGAAGAUUCGAAGUGAGGUUGCGGCGCAGGCCCUGCGUGAAGCUGAAGCGGGUGAUGCUGAGGAGCAGGAGAAGUUGCGUGUGCAGUUCCCUAUGUGUCCUGAUGUUCCUGCAAUUCUUCAAGGUAAUAGUGAGUUUAUGAAGUUGUCAUUGCGGAGGUCUAGUUUGCUUAGUGAUCCUGAAGGUAAU